UAAGGUCAUCAAAGCUACUACUGAUACAUCAGUAUGUUUUCCUCUAAAUCUUCUGCUUCUUCUUCCAUGGUGAAACCAGCGACGUACGAUGUUUUUCUCAGCUUCAGAGGCGAGGAUACUCGCCACGGUUUCGUCAGUCAUCUCCGCAAGGAACUGUGCCGAAAGAAGAUCGAAACUUUCAUAGACGACGAGAAGCUUCCAAGAGGAGAUGAAAUUUCGGAGGUGCUGCUGCUUUCCAUUGAAGAAUCGAGGGGUUCACUGGUUGUUUUCUCCAGGGACUACGCUUCUUCCAAGUGGUGCUUGGCCGAGCUGGCCAAGAUCAUGCACUGCAAGAAACGGAACCCGCAGCGUUACUUUGUGGUUCCCGUUUUCUACGGCGUAGACCCCUCGGAUGUACGGAAACAAACCGGGAGUUUUUCAGAUGCAUUUGCUAAGCAUGAAGACGAUCUGAAGCAUGAUGUUAUCAAGCUUAAAACCUGGAGAACUGGUCUGACGGAUGCUGCCAAUUUAUCCGGCUGGGAUUCACAGGUCACCCGGCCUGAGUCAACACUGGUAGAUGAAAUUGUCGAAGACAUCUUGAAGAAACUGAGCCGUGGAACCUCAAGUGCCUCUUUGGAGGGCUUAGUUGGAAUUGAGAGGAGGAUGGAGCAAGUUAUGUCAUUAUUGCAAACAGAAAAACCAGAUCUCCGAAAGCUAGGCAUCUGGGGCAUGGGUGGUAUAGGUAAAACUACCCUUGCCGAUGCGAUAUUUAACCAUGUUUCGAAUGGUUUCGAAAGUUCCUUCUUUCUUCGAAACGUUAGGGAAUCGGAAGAACGUGGAACGUUAGUCGAAUUACGUGAGAAAUUUCUUUCAGCCAUAUUGGAAGAUGGGAACUUGAAUAUCUCAGCUCCCACAAUCGGGUCGGGCUUUGUCAAGGACAUGCUCUCCAGGAAGAUGGUUCUGGUAGUUUGUGACGAUGUGUCGAAUUCGAGCCAGCUCGAGUUUUUGUUCAGAGAGAUUAAUCAGCUCGGCCCCGGAAGUCGAGUCAUCGUUACGACUAGAGAUAAACAAGUGCUGAUCCAGAAUGACAUUGAUCUCAUUUAUGAAGUGAAGGAAUUAGACGGAAAUGAAUCUAUUGAACUCUUCUGUCAAUGUGCCUUCAAAAGCAAGCACCCCAAGGAACAUCAGUUGGAGCUAUCCAAGAUGGUUUUGAGUUUUGCUAAUGGGAACCCCUUGGCUAUAAAAGUGAUGGGGUCCUCACUUUAUGGCAGGAGCCAAAGCUACCAGGAAAGUGCGGUGAAGAAGCUAAAGCAGGUUCCUAAUCCAACCAUUCAUAAACUGUUGAGAAGCAGUUUUGAUGGACUGGAUUGGGAAGAGAGAGACAUUUUUCUCGACAUUGCUUGUUUCUACAAAGGCGAAGAUCUAGACUUCGUAAUGAGGAUUCUCGAUGCUUCUUAUGUCUCUGCACUUUCGGGAAUCGAUAACCUCAUCGAUAAAUCGCUUAUCUCUGUUUCGGAAAAUACGAUAACAAUGCAUGAUUUAUUGCAACAGAUGGGUUGGGAUAUUGUUCGCAAUGAAUCACCUUCAGAGCCUGCAAGACGCAGUAGGCUGUGGAUUCCUAAUGACAUCCGUAAUGUUCUAAUAGGAAGCACUGGGACAGAAACACUUAAAGGGAUGCUACUUGACAUUUCCAGGAUUUCGGAGCUGGAACUAAAACCAGAUGCCUUUGUGAAGAUGCCAAAUCUUAAACUCCUCAAGUUCUAUGACUCUGAUAGGUAUAAUUGCUUUCAAAACAAAUCCAAAAUCCUCCUUCGUCAAAGGCUUUCAUCCCUUCCUGAAGAGCUAAGGUACCUUUGUUGGGAGGGAUACCCUUUGAAAACUUUACCCAACAGGUUUUAUCCGAGCAACCUAGUUGUACUUGACAUGAGACGUAGCCAUGUCGAACAACUCUGGCAGGGAAAACAGGAUUUAGUAAAUUUGAAGAAAAUCACUCUCUUCGGUUCCAAGAAGCUUGUAAGAAUCUCGGACCUGUCAAGCGCCACAAAUCUUGAAGAAAUUGACCUUUCCUACUGUACAAACUUGCUGGAGAUUCCUUCAUGCUUCCAACAUCUUGAGAAGCUAACUCGUUUGAAUUUGUGCUGUUGUAAAAAUCUCAGUUUUCUGCCUAGCUUGUAUAAAGCCACAUUCCUCACCCAGCUUGAUCUUAGUGGCUGUUCAAAACUCUCUAGAUUUCCAGAGGUUUCACCGAAUGUAGCAGGGCUAUAUUUAGGUGGAACACAAAUCGAAGGAGUACCUUCAUCAAUGGGGUUCCUUAGCCAACUCGUUUCGUUGUCUAUGAACGAAUGUGCAAGGCUGAAGAACUUUCCUACGGACAUUUGUAAUCUAAUAUCCCUUCAAUUCCUUUCUCUCGGUGGUGUCCCGAAUAUCACAACAUUUCCGGUGGUCUCAUUAAAUAUUCUGGAGUUGAAUUUAAGAGGAACUGCGAUCGAAGAAGUUCCUUCGUGGAUCGAAUGCCUGUCUAAUCUUCGUGAGAUGAAGCUUUGGGGUUGCAGGAGGCUUAAAAGUGUCUCAACAAGUAUUCAUAAAUUGAAAUCCCUCGAGUAUCUUGAUCUAGCGUGUUGCUCAAGAUUGGAGACUUUCCCAGAAAUCUUAGACACCAUGGAGAGGUUGAGAGUUCUUGAUUUAAGGGAAACAGCUUUGAAGGAAUUACCAUCUUCAAUGGAGAAUCUUAUCGGUCUUUCUGAAUUGAGCUUGAACAACUGUGAAAACCUUGUUUGCCUUCCGGACAGCCUUUAUAAAUUGAAAUCACUCCAGGGUCUCCAUCUUGGGGGCUGCUCAAGAUUGGAGAAUUUCCCAGAAAUCUUGGACACCAUGGAGAGUUUGAUAACUCUUGAUUUAAGUGGAACAGCAUUGAAGAAAUUACCAUCAUCAAUGGAGAAUCUCACUGGUCUUCAGCAUUUUAGAAUGAACAACUGUGAAAACCUUGUUUGCCUUCCUCACAGCUUCUAUAAAUUGAAAUCUCUUGAGGAUUUCUUUCUUGGAGGCUGCUCAAGAUUGGAGAUUUUCCCAGAAAUCUUGGACACUAUGGAGAGGUUGAUAACUCUUGAUUUAAGCGGAACGGCAUUGAAGAAAUUACCGUCCUCGAUGGAGAAUCUCAUUGGUCUUACUGAUUUGAGAUUGAACAACUGUGAAAACCUUGUUUACCUUCCAGAUAACUUGUUUUCUUCCAUUGAAGGAGCUUGUUUUCUUCCAUUGGCGAUAUUGAAUUUGUCUGAAACCAAUAUGGAGAACUUGCCGACGACAAUCAAACAACUUCCUGGGUUGUGGAAGUUAAUCUUGAGGAAAUGCAAGAGGCUGAAAUCAUUACCAGAGCUUCCACCAAGCUUGGUACAUUUAGAAGCACACGACUGCAAUUCACUAGAGGAUGCCUCAAGCAUUAAAAAGCACUUUGAGAAAGUACUGGAAAAUGAUAAUCGUCAGGCAUCUUCGUUUACUACAUGCAUCUCUGGAAGUGAAAUCCCAGAAUGGUUCGAUUUUGAAAGCUCAGGAUCUUCGAUAAACAUCCGGUUGCCUUCAGAGUGGUACGAUGAUAGCAGGAUAAACUUUGCAGGUUUCGCUGUUGCCGCUGCCGUUUCAUUCCAAUACUGUUCUGAAAACGUAUGGUUUCGCAUUAGAUGUGCAUGUCAUCUGAAAUCCAUUAACGGAGACUGUGAUGAACUGCCUAGUUUUUUCUCCAUUUGGAUGAGGCAUCAACCACAUCAAGACCGGUUGGAUCACUUGUUCCUCUGGUAUGAUGACGAUGAAGAUCAAGUUAGGCAGUUUGCUGAAACUCGGGCAUCAAAUGAACUUAUCUACAAUGAGGCCUCGUUUAAAUUCGACGUUGUACUUAACAGGGAGUACAAGCAAGAACCCUUUUGUUGGGAGGUAAAACACUGCGGGGUUUAUCAAUUAUUUGCAGAGGAUGAGGCUCUGGUUCAUCCGUCUAAAAGAGUCAAGCGUACAUAAAAGGGUGGGUUCCUCAUCAAAUCCCCCGAACAUAAAAUCUUAUAUCCGUCAUUGCUUGUACCUACUGAAGGGUGUUGCAGAGCCUGCUACAUACAAAUGACGACAAACCGAUAGAGCCUCGUGGGCCAGUCUCCAACCGAAGAUCUUUAUUUUUGGCAGAGUGUGCAGGCGAGGGGGAUGAAGGCAUGAAGCCAUAAGCCUGAUGGAUGAGAGACUGAUCUGUUGACUUGCUGCAACCAGAAAUAGCCUGAGCCUUCUGAGUAAACGCCCUUAGAAUGACAACUCCUGCUCAAGGUAUCGGAAGGUGUUGAAGAAAUCGGACCGUGGGGUAUCAGGUAUGCAUCCGAGGCUGAAAAAACACCACGAACUGAGAGUUAAUCCCACUGAGGAACAUCCGGAUUCAUGAAAUAGCCACACCAAAUAGGAGUAAUAGGGUGUCCACAUAAGUAUCCGAGAUAUGCAAAGGUGCUGAACCUCCCUAGCGAGCAUUGUGAAUAGGAACCAGAGAAUUGAUGCUCGGUUGCCAAUGGAAGCCAUCUUUUAAAUUAUUCAUGGUGUGAAAGGGACCCCUCCAUGCAAAUGAAGGACGUGGUCUGAGCCUCGCAUCAAAGACAUCACCUGAAGGAAAAUACUUAGCGGAGAGCACAUGAUUAACCAAGCUACCCGGGGAACGAAUGAAACACCAAAUUUGCUUAUCGAGGAGUGCAAUACUGAACACCUGAAUAUCCCAGAGACCCAAGCCGCCAACUUGUUUCGGUUGACAAAGGGUAGACCAUGCAAUGCAACUAGAGGCUAACCUGUAACCACAAUCAUCUAUAUUGCCUGACCACCAAAAAUCCCGAAGCGAACUAGUAAUUUUCAAUAUGAGACCUAGCAUCUCAUGACAUACCUUGGCCAAUCGAUUUAAGAAAAUUUUCCCGGAAUCUAAAAGAUGUCAUAUUCUUGGACCCACAGACCCUUGUGAUUGCCCUAUCUCGGAUGAAAGCUAGCAAUGCCGCUUUGUUUGGCCUGAUAGGGAGUGGUAGUCCACCCGAAGCAUGUUCAUAUAAGUGGAAGAUUUACCGGAGAAGGAAUUCUUUUUUGGAAUAACGCAAGAAGAGGAUGCAAAUGCAACGGACAC